GUUUACUUAUUAGUUGGGUCUAAUCCACUUUUUGUUCUUUACUAGUCUGCCCCCUUUUUCCCGUUUCCCUUCGCUUAGCCGGGCUUCAACGCGUGAACGCCGCAACUACCCUUACUCUUCCGGGCACCUUGCUACUGUUACCAAGAUCUCUGCCACCAUUUUUACCAUAUUCUUCUGAUUUUCUAGCGAUAGAUACUCACAGCUCUUGCAGCUCACUUCGGCCCAUAUUUUUUUAGCAGAAAUGAGCUACGGUGACGCACAUGCCAAAUGGCAUGCAUUCAAAUACAAAGAUCCUUUUGCGGCAGAUGAAUUCUACAUGUGCAACAAAGAAACCAAGACCUGUUGUAGGCCCAACUGUGACGUGAAUCCUAACAAUGAGGCUCCAGAUAACAUCACAUUUGUAAAUUCAACGGAGAAUGCUGUAGGUAAAGGUUACCAACUAUGCCAGCAUUGCUUACCCAACCUUGAGUUAAGAUCCGGCUUCGUUGAAAACGAGAAUUUUGUCGUGCUCAAUCUCGAUUUGCUACUAGAUACAAUGAAGUAUGUGAACGAAAGCAUAGGGUUCGUACCACCUUUAUUGGACAACAAUGACAGCCUACUUGUCAGCAAGAUAGCAAGCAUAAGCAAUACAAAGCUUAAAAAGAGACUUUUGAAAGUGGAUGACUCUGAGGGGGAGAGUACCAACGCGGCGAUCAAAGCAACUCUUUCAAAAGGAGACAUGGAGCAGUUGAAAAGAAUAGAUAUGGCAUGUAGACACAUUACUUUAGCUGCACAAUCAACUGUCUUUGGAGUCCAUUUUAUCCACGGCCAUAGAGAGGAUAUAUUAGACAACAAAAUUUUCAGCAAGGUUGAAUCUGAAAAUUUUGAAAAUAUGCAAGAAAGGUUCCAAUCUUCAAACGGGAAUGAACCUGGUAGCCCAAAUGGAGACAACGAGGAACUCCAAUGGGCACCUGAUAUCGUGAAAAAGGGUUGCUAUUGGAUGCAACACCGCAAGCUGAGAACUAAAAGACGCAGAGGCGGUGUUUUGGGCUUUAAAGAACUUGCAGCAAAAUCGCGAAUAAGUCCGUGGCAUUUUUAUCGCACUUUCAAGGGUAUGACCGGUGUGACACCUAAGGAAUAUGGUGAUAGAUGUUUCCAGUUUCUAUAUUCCCACCGGAAAGAAUGCUGUCAAGCUCUAAAUAACCCCGAGUCAAUUGUGAUCAAUGCCAAACUGGCAAAUCCUUCCUUGAUCUCCAACAAAAGUGGCGCAACCUUUUCUAAAUCUUCAUCAGUCUUAACUAAUAGCAUACCUGCUGCUACAACUUUAUUCGAGAAGGAAGAAGCUGUUAAAUUAGAGUCAUUGGAAUGUGAAACAUACUCAAGCUCUCCUUUAUCUUCUCUUGGUGACUCAAACAAUGCUGGUUCAUUGUAUGCCUCUACACAGAUACUACCUUUGAAUUUCUUGGAUAGCAAGAGCAGGAACUCAGAACUACCCACAUGCACAUCUCCGACUGAUCUUGGCUUCAUGAGUCGUGGGAGUCCAACUUAUAGCAAAAGCUUUUUGCUCAAAGAUACAAUUCAACUCCAAGAGUUGACUCAAAAUCAACUUCCCCAACCUUUAUACCCUGACACGGACUUCUCCCCAAGCAAUACUUUUGACUUGGUCUAUGAAACUCCGGAAACAGCGACAGAGGAAUUAACACAAUUCAAGUGCUACUAUUCAGGCAAUCAGUACAUGGAUGAUGCCCUCAAUUUAGCUUUAGACGACAAUACGUUUGGCCUUCCCAAUGUCACAGGCGCUUUCACGGAACUACAAAAGUUUCACACACAAAGUGGUGAACUUUUUGAUGUGUUUGAAAUCAGUCAACCAUUUCUAUUGAAGCAAUUACAAUUGCAAAAUGUCCUUGAAAAGAGGUACAUCGAGAAAGGAUUUUUAGUUGACGACGAAUCAAGUUUUGACCCUUUCGGUUCUGAUUUUGGCACCGUCAUAAACGACUGAAUAGAUAUAUAUAGACUCGGCUGUUUGUAUAAUCACAUUCAUCUUUCUCUCACAUUUACUACAUAUUAACGGCAUCUUUUUUUAUGGUUUCGAUUAGCUUUUUUAUAUUUUCAAACAAAAAAUUGG